AUGGAAAAGGGAAAUGAAACCAGCGUCUCUGAAUUCCUCCUCCUGGGCUUUUCCGCUUGGCCAGGGCAACAGACUCUCCUCUUUGUACUUUUCCUGUGUCUCUACUUAACUGGGCUGUUGGGGAACUUGCUCAUCUUGCUGGCCAUUGGCUCAGACCAUCACCUCCACACACCCUUGUAUUUCUUCCUUGCCAAUCUGUCCUUGGUAGACCUCUGCCUUCCUUCAGCUACAGUCCCCAAGAUGCUGCUGAACAUCCAAAUGCAGGCUCAGUCCAUCUCCUAUUCUGGUUGCCUGGCUCAGAUGUAUUUCUGUAUGAUGUUUGCCAACAUGGACAAUUUCCUUCUCACAGUGAUGGCAUAUGAUCGCUAUGUGGCCAUAUGUUACCCUUUGCAUUAUACCACCAUUAUGACCCAGCACCUCUGUGCCUCUCUGGUGACUAUUCCCUGGAUCAUUGCCAUAUUGAACCCCCUCUUGCACACUCUUAUGAUGACCCAUCUGCACUUCUGCUCUAACAAUGUCAUCCACCAUUUCUUCUGUGAUAUCAACUCUCUCCUCCCUCUAUCUUGUUCUGACACCAGCCUUAAUCAGUUGAUGGUGCUUGCAGUGGUGGGGCUGGUCUUUGUGGCACCUUCAGGGUGUAUCCUAGCAUCCUAUAUCUGCAUAAUCUCUGCUGUGAUGAAAGUUCCUUCUGUUCAAGGAAAACUCAAGGCUUUCUCCACCUGUGGAUCCCAUCUUGCCUUGGUCAUUCUUUUCUAUGGAACAAUCACAGGGGUCUAUAUGAGCCCCUCAUCCAGUGAUUCAACUGAAAAAGACUCGGUGGCAUCAGUGAUUUUCAUGGUGGUAGCCCCUGUGCUGAAUCCCUUCGUUUACAGUCUAAGGAAUAAUGAACUGAAGGGGGCUUUAAAGAAGGCCCUAGGCCACAGCAAAAUCUUCUCCCAAUGA